UCUAGAGAAUUAUAGGAAAAUAUCUUGAUGUGUAGUCUAAGUGUCUCUAGAAAAUUGUUGAGGACGAGAAUCUUCAUGUAAACACUAUAUAAAGGGGUAGUGUCCGCCAUUUUGUAACAAGCCAAAAAGUGUGUAAAGUCUUGAAGUUGAGAAAUACAAAUUUCCUUUUUCACUUCCUUCUUCCUAUUAGUGUUGUCCUCUUAAAAGCCUUAGCCAAUCCAAGUUAGUAAACCAGUCUUUCCUCCAACAAACUGAUAUCAGAGCUCUAAGGUUCUUGUGAAAAUGACAAGUAGGAUGAUUCCUUUUCAAGUUCUCCAACUUAACAAGGAUAACUACGACAAUUGGAGUAUAAGGAUGAAAGCGUUGCUUGAGACACAAGAUGCAUGGGAGAUCGUAGAGAAGGGCUACACGGAGCCACAAGACGAGAUCGCUCUAUCCCAAGCACAAAGGGAUAGUUUGAAGAAUGCAAGGAAGAAGGACAAGAAAGCGCUCACCCUCAUCUAUCAAGCCUUAGAUGAAAGCAUGUUCGAGAAAGUAGCUUGUGCUACUACGAGUCAAGAAGCAUGGGAGAUCUUGCAAAACUCCCACAAAGGAGUUGAGAAGGUGAAAAAGGUUCGACUCCAAACACUUCGAGGUGAGUUUGAAGCUUUACAUAUGAAAGAAUCGGAAUCAAUUUCUGAUUACUUCUCUACAGUAUUGGCUAUUGCUAAUCAAUUAAAGAGGAAUGGAGAAAAGUUGAACAACACUCAAGUAAUUGAGAAGAUACUUAGGUCUUUAGAUUCUAAAUUUGACUACAUAGUUGUAGCCAUUGAGGAAUCUAAAGAUCUAGACAAUAUGAGUGUCGAUCAACUCAUGAGAUCUUUACAAGCCCAUGAGGAAAGACUAAAGAAGAAGGUGAAAGAAGAGUCAUUAAAGUAAGCUCUUCAAACAAAGCUCACUUUGAACGAGGGUGAAGGAAGGUUCGACCGUAGAAGAAGCCAAAGAGGAAGAGGACGAGGCCAAGAUCGAGAAAAAAGUGCAUUCUACUAGGAGGAAAGAAGACAAAGCUUGUUUUCCACCAGAGGUCGUGGAAGAGGAAAAGGUACGAUACAAAAUGAAGAGCCAAGGUAUGACAAAUCUCAAAUUAAAUGUUACAAUUGUCAAAAACUUAGUCAUUAUGCUUCAAAAUGUAGAAAUAUUACUAACCAAGUUAAGAAGAAAUCCAACUAUGCUUGUCGAGAAAGUGAAGUGGAUCCUGUACUACUGUUGACUUACAAAGGUGAAGAGAGCAGAGAAAAGAACAUUUGGUAUUUGGAUAGAGGAGCAAGCAACCAUAUGUGUGGAAGAAAAAAUAUGUUUGUAGAGCUUGAUAAAUCAGUAAGUGGCAACAUUACCUUUGAAGAUGAAUCCAAGAUCCCAGUGAAAGGAAAAGGUAAAAUCUUGAUUCGCUUGAAAAAUAGUACGCAUCAAUUUAUCUCAAAUGUCUAUUAUGUGCCCAAUAUGAAGAAUAACAUUUUAAAUUUGGGACAACUCUUAGAGAAGGGCUAUGAUAUUCAUUUGAAAGAUCAUAGUCUUUCAAUAAGAGAUCAAAGAGAAAAUUUGAUUGCCAAAGUACCUAUGACAAGAAAGAGAAUGUUUGCGUUAAGCAUUCAAAAUGAUGUUGCCAAAUGCUUAAAAGCUUGUUUUAAAGAUUCUGCUUGGCUUUGAAUUUGUCUGUGUUAAGCAUAUUUUGAUAUCCACUUUGAACCUAGUAUCUUAGUCUCCACAGUUUCGUCUGGGGGCUUUGUCUGCUGUCUUGCUCUGAGUAGAGUAGGGUCGGCUAGCAUGCUAGGCAUUGGAAAAGGCACUUGAGAUUUGGGCAUCUUAAUUUUGGAGGCUUAAAGUUGUUGAGUAAAAAGAAGAUGGUGAAAGGUUUGCCUCCAAUAAAUCACGUGGAUUAGUUAUGUGAAGGAUACUUACUUGGAAAGCAUUCGAGGAAAAGUUUUCCAAAAGAAGCAUCUACAAGAGCUAAGAAGUCACUAGAACUUGUACACUCGGAUGUUUGUGGGCCAAUUAAUCCAAGCUCUCUCGGUAAGAGCAAUUACUUUGUUCUUUUUAUUGAUGAUUUUAGUAUUAAGACUUGAGUCUAUUUUCUCAAACAAAAAUUGAAAGUUUUUGAAACUUUUAAGAAGUUUAAAACUCUUGUUGAAAAAAAAAAGCGGAUAUAGUAUAAAAGCCUUGAGAUCGGAUAGAGGAGGAGAGUUCACGUCCAAAAAGUUUGAGAAAUAUUGUGAGGAGAAUGAAAUUCGUCGCCCAUUGACGAUUUCAUACUCUCCACAACAAAAUGGACUAGCCGAAAGAAAGAAUAGAUCCAUUCUUAAUAUGGCCCGCUGUAUGCUCAAAAGUAAGAGAUUGCCCAAAGAAAUUUGGGCCGAAGCUGUUAAUUGCGCCGUGUAUCUGUCUAAUCGGUCGCCUUCUAGAAGUGUGUGGAAUAAGACACCACAAGAAGAUGGAGUGGAAGAAAGCCCAGCAUCUCUCACUUACGAGUAUUUGGGAGCAUUGCAUAUGCUCAUAUACAAGAUCAAAAACGGUCCAAGCUAGAUGACAGGAGUGAAAGGUAUGUUUUUAUCGGUUAUGAUUCUCGCUCUAAAGGCUACAAGUUGUAUAAUCCAAAUAAGGAGAAGAUCAUCAUAAGUAGAGAUGUCGAGUUUGAUGAA